UUGGCGUUGCGCGUUGAACAAUGGUUGCGGCUGCUGCCGACGUGCCAAUUACAACACCAACAACAACAGCAACAAGAACAACAACAAUAGGCAGCAACGACGACGCAACAGCAGCGACGUCGACGCCAGCAGAGACGUCGCCAACAACGACGACGACGACGACGACGAGCAGCAGCAACGUUGAAAUUGCCGCAUUAACGGCAGCAAGUGCCAGCGGUUCACAAGCAGCGACCUCUAAUCUAAAUAAUAAUAAUAACAACAACCACGACGACGACGACGACAACAGCAGCAAUCAUAUUGAUACCAGCAGCAGCACCAACAGCAAUAACAACAACAACAACAUGUCCGAUGCAAGCGAUGCCGCCAAAACGACAACAAUAACAACAGCAGCAGCAGCAACAGUUGCAGCCACAGCAGCAGCAGCAGGAGCAACAGCAACUUCAAAAAGCGCCGUUAGCCAACGCAAUGUGGACAUUAAAAUCGAGAAGACAAGCAACAUGGAAGCGGCCACACAGCAGCUGACCAAAAAGGUGCUCAAACUCGAUCUUGGCGGCAAAAACUUGGAUGAAUACUCGCUCAAGUCGCCAAAGUCACCAAUUGCAGCACGCUUGCCGCAUCAAACAUCAUUGACGUCAUCGGUGGACGUUGAGGAUCGGAAAACAUUACGAGAGGCCUUAUAUCAGGGUAUAUUCCAUCGACAUCGCCGCACCAUCUUCGCUGUGGGCAGCUUUCUGCGUAUGCUACGGAGUCGCAACUCUCAGUAUAAUACCAUACGCAGCUCAUCGGAGGGUGAGGAUAUCGAUGAGUUCAAAUUAGUAGUUCCAAGUUCAGUCAGUCAGCAAAACAAUAACAACAACGACAAUCUGGGGAUUCUAUAAAACCACAAAAUAUAAUAAUAAUGAUAAUACAGAUCGAUUGGGGACAGACUGAUAAAAAUGAAAUGAAAAUGUUUUGAUGAUCUACUCUUAUUGAAUGCUGCUGCCCGUUGUGUACGUUGUGCUUGUUGUGCUUGAGUUUUUUCAUUUCUUUUUGAUUGUUCACUUCUGUUAAGCAUUCGAUAGUAUAUACGAUAGUUUCUACGAUAGUACGUACUUGGUGUGUAUUAUUAUGAUUGUGUCAUCAGCAACAACAGCAAAAAAUAAUCGUGCUUCAUCUUGAGAAUACAUAAAAUAGCCCAAAAAAAAAAUACAAAGCAACCAUGAGACUAGCCACAA